GUCUUUCUCCCUCUUCUUUUUAUCCCCUUUUGAUCUUUCUUUGUGAGCUUUUCUUGUUGGUUUUAUUGGAAGGAUUUUAUUUGUUAUCCCCUUUUCAGUAUUUUCAUUUGAACUCUUCCUCUUUGGGUUUUUGGGGGUGAUCUUAUUUGUUUAAUGGGAGACUUGGAUUUGUUCUUGUACAGAGGUGUAGCAGUUGUAGCAUCAGGGAAUGGCUGGGAUAGCAUUGUUGCUUGAUCUUAUCAGCAAGGAUCAUGGGUUAUCAGACAAAUCUUCUGUUCUUUCUCGUGGGGUCGUCUCUGCUUCCUUUGCGGUUUCUGCUACAUUGGCUGCAUCGCCUUUCGCUUCUCGGCUUCUUUCUGGACGUUCCACUGCCUUUUGUGAUGCUGCUGCAGUAUUGAAUGGAGAUUAUGUUUCCAAUAGUCGUAGAGUUUCUUGGAAGGGUUAUUAUAGCACAGACCCUUAUUCAUACACAACCAAGGAGUAUCCCGUAGAGUUAAAGCCUUUGUUCUCGGCUUUUCAUUGGAAGGCCCUUGCAUUGACAUCAUUGAGGUCUUUUCUGAUGUUUUAUUUGCCUCUCCUUGAACCUCAUCCACCCCCAAAAGAUGAUGAUGAUGAUGAUGAUCUCCUUACUGAUGAACCUGAAGAGAAGCAGCCCGUUGAUCUUGUUGUUCCCUUAAAGAAUUCAGUGAUUCAAAUCUUUCGAGAGACGACUGUGGUGACAACUAGGCGGGUUCUGGAAAGGAUUGCUGUCCAUUAUGUUUCAAGAAGGAUGGCUUGGAAACUCCUCAAAGAUAUGCCGAAAUCAGCUACUCGCAAAUACCAAAGAGGCACUCCAACUGUAUUGUUGUUUUAUGGCGUUGCCAAAUCAACUUUGAGAGGGCAUUUCCUUGGAGUUGCUGCUUCAUGGUUGGUCCAAGUCGGAAUAGAAAUAUAUCGAUGUGUGCAUGUUUUUGUUGAAAGUAGUGAUGAAGAUCUUCGAUCAGAGCAAAUCCAACUACUUUGGAGGAAUGUUUGGGGAGCGACUCUAAGGUGUGGAGCUUCUUUGGCUUUUGCUCCUAUUGGAGCAGGUUUUGGUGCAGCGAUUAUCCAUCCUUCACUUGGACAAUGGGUUGGUUGUGCACUCGGGGACUUGGCUGGGCCUUACAUGGUUGCAUUCUGCUUUGACAAGCUUCAUCAUUUGGAUGUCUGAUCGGGUGGCACCCACAUGGAGUAGCUCAUGCUUAGAGUGGGGGGCAAGGUGAUAUAUGCCAUCAACCAAUGCAUUUUGAGAGGCGUAUUAAAGCAGACUGGAGAGGAAAUUUUAGUAAUCUUUGAGAACUUGGUCUGAAACUCUGAAAUUAUUACUCACAUUUUUUGGCUGGGUAAAAUAAUGGUGGUAAAGGAGCAGCCGAAAUUUGAACUCACCUUAUUAAAAUCAGGGUCCAAUAUCGACGACCAGACCAUGGAAGCCACCUCUGUAUUUAUUUUUGAAUGAGCGCCAAUUUACUUAUGGAAACUCAGGUCAAGGAAAUAACUCACUCUCAAAGGUUGGGUCUGCCCAGUGUCUGAUUGAAGAAACUCUGAAGGGAUGCACAAGAGGGAAAGGUUUCAAUAUUUUCCCUACUGGAUAAAAGAUUCUAUCCAGCCAUGCAAUUUAGAACAAGUGAGCUAUUAACUAUUUAAUUUAGAUCUGACGUUUCAAAGUA